GCCCCCUUAAAGCGAUAUGUUGUUACCUACCGCGAGCACGUCAGUUCAUCACACAGCACACAAACCCUGAUAUUAUAAGCGGUUAUUGUAUUUUAAAGACGAAAAUAGUCGUGUUAGACAAAAUAUACUAGCGGCAUUAAAACGCAGUGAGUCUGAAUUUUAUUUGUUUAUAAAGAGAGUUUGAAUUAUUUUACUGUGGUUUUGAUUUCGGUUUAGCCUGUUAGCUUUCAACUCCUAACAUUGUGGUUUGUUUGACAGAAUUAGGCAAAAUCAACGUUAACCUAAAUUAAGUCAUGGUACGUUUCGUUUCAGACACAAAAAUCUCAAAAACGUGCACUAAACCUUAAAUAUUACCUCAGAUAUUACCUGGCUAGGCUAAUUUAAUACAUUCACUCAUAAUAACAUGUUUUUAUGUGUGUUCCGCGAAGUUAUGCUUUAUAAAUGUAACGUUAACCAGUGGCUGGCUAGUAUUGAAGACUUGUCAGUGUCAGAUAAACGUCAGUUUUAGUUGAGUUUAAUCUGUCGAUCAUCAGAUAUGGCGUAUCGUUAGUGUCACCGGAGGCUGUGGCUCAAAUCUCAGUCUGUUGAUAGUUGUCUGUGUCCUUAUUCUUGCUUGAGCCACAAGCAAGAUAAUAUACUGGGCUUAGACAUCGUAUUCAGGAUGGCUACGCUUCAGUCAGGCAAUGGAGUCCAAUGGAAAGUCAAUAGUAGUUUGAAGGGCACGGUAGAAAAUCUCGCCGAGCAGGAGAGCUCAUCCCUGGGCUCGGAAACUGAGCUUAACGGCUUCGCUAACACUGAGAUCCAGGCUGACAAAUAUGGAUUUAUAGGAGGUGCUCAGCAAAACGCAGGAGAAAAUGAUGAGAUUCCUCCAGAGGUGCUUCGACAGAGAGAAGCUAAGUGGCUGGAUAUGCUAAACAGUUGGGACAAAUGGAUGGCCAAAAAACACAAAAAGGUAAAGUUUCGGUGUCAGAAAGGCAUUCCUCCAUCACUCAGAGGUCGCGCAUGGCUUUAUCUCUCCGGUGGAAAAGUUAAGAAAGAGCAGAAUCAGGCAAAAUUUCAGGAGUUAGACAGUCAACCUGGAGAUCCUAAAUGGCUGGAUGUGAUCGAGAAAGACCUCCACAGACAGUUUCCAUUUCAUGAGAUGUUCGUAGCUCGAGGAGGACACGGGCAGCAGGAUCUGUUUCGGGUGCUGAAGGCGUACACGCUGUACAGACCGGAAGAGGGUUACUGUCAAGCCCAAGCCCCUAUAGCCGCUGUACUGCUCAUGCACAUGCCUGCUGAGGAUGCGUUCUGGGGUCUGGUUCAGAUAUGUGAGAAGUAUCUGCCCGGAUAUUACAGCGCGGGCCUGGAGGCCAUUCAGUUGGAUGGCGAGAUCCUGUUUGCUCUUCUCAAGCGUGUAUCUCCUGUGGCGCACAGGCACCUGAAGAAGCAUAAGAUCGACCCCAUCCUCUACAUGACCGAGUGGUUCAUGUGUGCUUUCUCCAGAACGCUGCCCUGGUCCUCUGUCCUGCGCGUGUGGGACAUGUUCUUCUGCGAGGGUGUGAAGAUCAUCUUCCGUGUGGGUCUGGUGCUGCUGAAAUGCAUGCUGGGAUCUCAGGAGAAACUCAAGGCGUGUCAGGGCCAGUACGAGACCAUGGAGCUGCUAAGAAACAUUGAGGCACGAUACAUGCAGGAGGGUUUCCUAAUGCGAGAGGUCAUUGAAUUAACUCUGUCCGAGCGAGACAUAGAAAAGGAGCACCUGUUUCAGCUCCGUCGCUGGAAGGAGACCCAUGGAGAGCUGCACUGCAAAUCCCCUCCCAGAAUGCACGGCGCCAAAGCCAUCAUGUCCGCCGAGCCACCCAGCCGCCAGGACCUCAAACAGAACCCCACAAUCAUCGUCGAACUGCCGCCAGCAACAGACAGCCAGGCGGAGAAAGAUAGGAAUAUGAAGAAGAGCAAACAGGAAAAGAAAAAAGAGCCGCUCGUCAAUCCAUACUCGCAGCCGUUACAAAACGACAACCUCUCACCCGCCGAAUCACCUCAUCUGCAGAAAGACACGCUCCUGCUGGGAUCCAAUCAGAGUCUUAGCAGCACAGAGCACGACACCUACCUAUAAACUGUCAGAAGAGAUGAAGAACAGGUCUUUGUGAUCAAGAACCAUGAUUGACAGUGCUUGUUGACAAAAGGGUCUUGUGUUAGUGUCGUCCUACCUCCCCAGUUUUGCACAAAAAAUAGGGGAUUUUGCACUCGUAUGAUGGGAUUGGACCAAAAAUUACUCCAAAAAUAUAUAUCACACCUGGGAAAGAGGUAUUGAGGAUGUUUUUUUUUAGGUGUUUACAUGAUAUGAGUGUAGAUAUGUUGCAUGUGUGCAUGUUUAUGAAGGAUGAGCCAAGCCUGAUUUGUUGGAUCUCUUAGUGAAGCAUGUAUAAGCUGUGCUGGUUGCAGAUCUUUCAUAUUGGUCCAGGUAAAUAUCACUGUGUGAUAAUCAGGAACAUUUAGUUGCACCUGAACCAAGAGUCAAAAUGAUUCAUAUGCUGUUUUAGGAUUCGUAAGAUUCAUUUAGUGAGAUGCGAGAUGCUUUCUCAUCUUACUCUGAAGACUUCACUUGAACCGUUCACCCCAAAAUGAAACCUUCUUGUCCAUGUUGAGUUAAAUAUUGACAUUUUAAGUUAAAAAAAUUGUUUUCAUUUAUUUUCAGACGAGGAAGAUAUUGCAACUAUCGCACAUUUAUUUUAUGUAAUGACAUUACCUCAAUAUAUUUGCAGUUCAUCUUCUUCACCAGUAAGGGGAGCUAUAGAGCUGUUUUACACAGAUUUGGGAGCUUGAACAGAAAUCAGUGACCAUCCUGUUCUGUUUUGCUUUACAGGUUCAUGAUCUCUGAUGCUUUACAAUCAAUUUUAUGACACUAAACAGUAAAACAAAUACACAGGGCCAUUUUUCAUUAGUUUUUUAUAUCAUUUUAUAUAUAUUAUAAAGUGUCAUUUAAAAAUGGUGAGUCUAUGUAUGGCACGAUAUCCACAUACAUGUCUAUGUCUAUUCAAUUAAUAUUUCAUUCCUUUCUUCAUAAAUGUUGUGUACAUUCCAUGGAUUUGAGUUUUGAUCAUGACCACCGGUGUUUGUAUUUCUUUUUAAGUCCAAUGUGAUCUUUUACACCGUAAAAAACAAUUUGGUUAUGUAAGUUUUAUGUAAAAGUUUUGACCUGUGAUAAGUUGACAUAACCUACAAAAACAAGUUGAAAUAGUUUAACUAAAUUUAAGUUAAAGUAACAUGUUAAUUUGAUAUCAUUUUUUUUUUACAGUGUACAGGAGUUAGCUAUAUAUGUGGGCUGAACUAUUAUAGUCAGGUAGAGUUGGACACUUUCACAUUCAUCUUAAUGACUAAAUGUGUCCCAAUCUACCAGCAUUAAUGAUUUUCACCUUCGGUUUGUGACCAAGUUUUGCACAUUUUUUUUUUAAUUCCAAGUUUGCAAAAACUGAAUGGAGGCUGUCGGUUUUGUAGAAUUAAGACAAAUUAUAUAUUUUUAGAUGUCUGCUGACUUUUCUUUUAUGUAAAUAGUAUAACACAGAUGAAUUUAACACUAUACAAAAUUUUAUGUUGUAAAAAAAGAGACAUUUUUCAUGCUACGCAUAUUAUGUACAAAAAAUUUUUUUUGCUGUGUGUGGGCUGAACAUAUACAGGAUUAAGUUUUUGCUUUUCCUUUGUUAUAGGGGAUUUUGGGAGGAAGUGAUAAUUUUGUAAGAUAGCAGCAUUGUUUUCCAUCUUAUAUCAGAUGUUAACUCGAUUAACAUCUGACAUCUUGCCAAGUUUUAUACAGUAAAAAUCAUAAACUAACAAUGCAUGCUAUUUUUAACAUAUAUUUAUUUAGUAUAUGAUCUUUACUUUUUUUAUAGAAUUAAAGUCCUAUAAAAUUGAGCAUUAUUUAGAUAAGCAGCUGCCUGAGAAUGUAUACAUGCAUUUUAAGUUUUGUAUAUUCAACCCUUAAGCAGCUAUGAAGCUUUAUCUCAUUUUUGGUGACGGUUUCAAGAUUAAGAUAGUUUGUGAUUUACUGAUUUAAAUAAUCUGUGAAAAUUAAAUAGUUGCUGUAUUAUUGAGAGAAUGAAGGUUUCCCAACGUACAGAUAUUAAUACGCACAUAAAUGUUACACUCGUAGGAGCUGAAGUUAUUUUCUUUUCAUUGUCAGACUUGCCUGCCUAUACAAUUAUCCUCAUGUAUUGCAAAAACACAGAUAAAAUAUUUUUCAUGAUUAAAUUUGAUACUAUCUGAA